GUGAUUUCUUACCUCCUCUCACUUCAUAUUUUACAGGCUUUAGGAGCAGUUUAUAAAUUAAUUAACCACAGCAGCCUUGGCCCCAGAUCUGCUCUUUCCGCCCCUGGAAGUCCCGAACUUGAGCUUCAAUUCAAAUGAGGGAGGAGUCUCUGCGCCUAAGACACGGGAAGCGCGCGUGGGUCCGCUGUACCUGUCACCCUCACAGGGGACACGUGAGAGGGAAGGGUCCGGUUUCACGCCCUCUAUGUUUUGGUUGAGACCAGCACCUGGUCGGACCCGGAAUCUGCCGGAGAUCCGGGUUCCUGUGGAUCCUCAGGAGAGAUAUGCAGAGCAUAGAAGCUGAAUGCAGCUUCUCCGUGUUUUGUUUGGACUCUGGGAAAUGAAGGAAGACCUGAUCCAGAUGACUGGAGAAGUCGGGCUGCGCUGGUACAUACAGUGGGUCAGCAGUCUUGUUCUUUUGAAUCAUUGAUGGCCGGGGAAGCAACAAAAACUCCCUCCUCCAUUCAGGAGUUCCUUCAAGUAAAUCCAGAGGAGCUGCAGGCGUCCAUCUCUUCAUGACAGAUCACCAGCGCAUCAGUCUGGAGUAUGUCAUAGAUGCAGAGUGUGGGCACCAUGUCUGUUCCUCGGAGGAAAGUGUUGUUGCUCUGCCUGUUGAUGGGGUUCAACAUCUUCAUCUGUGUCUUGAUGGGCCUAUCGUGGAAAUUCAGGGGUGAAAAAGGCAACAAGAAGAUAAAAAUCCCAGAAAGAUUUUGGAGCCAGCAGGUCCUGAGCGAAUCCUUCUGGAAUAAGGAGCAGCAGCGACUGGACUUCAUCAACAACCCCCUUCUCAGCGCCGUGCUUGCCAACGACUCCUUCGAGGCUCAGCUCGAUUGGCUACAUGACUCUGGACCACAUGACCCCUGUAAGCCUGAUUGGAGGGUCGCCACCCGAAUCUCGGACUACAACAUCCUGCCGCGUCGCUUCAAGGACUUCCUCUUGCACAUGCGCUGCAGGUCGUACCCCAUUCUGAUCAGCCAAACUCACGUCUGUGACCAAAAGCCUUUCUUGCUGCUGGUGGUCAAAUCCUUGAUCCCACAUUUUGACCGAAGGCAGGCGAUUAGAAAGACGUGGGGUCGAGCCGGUGUCUACGCCAACCGGAACGUGGCAAUCGUGUUCCUGCUUGGUAACACCAUACCAGGGGACGACCUCCCAGACCUGCAAGAAAUGCUGUACCACGAGGCGAAGAUUCACAGAGACCUCCUCCAGUGGGACUACAGGGACACGUUCUUCAACCUUACCCUCAAAGAGGUCCUCUUUCUAGAGUGGUUCAACAAGCAUUGUCCACAAGCGCAGUACGUCUUCAAGGGGGACGAUGACGUCUUUGUCAACACUUUACGAAUUCUGUACUUCCUUGAAGGCCUGUCAGAGGACAAGGCCAAAGAUCUGUUCAUUGGUGAUGUCAUCAGUAACGCAGGGCCCCACAGAGACCAAAAAUUGAAGUACUUCAUCCCAAAGAGUGUUUAUGUUGGGGGGUACCCGCCCUACGCCGGCGGUGGAGGCUACCUGUUCUCUGGUAGUUUGGCGCUGCAGCUCUACAACGUUUCUCAGCGAGUGGUCUUAUAUCCCAUUGAUGAUGUAUACACAGGGAUGUGUCUGAAGAAGCUGGGCCAUGUUCCCGAAAAGCACGACGGCUUCAAGACUUUCGACAUAGACGAGAAGUACAGGAGCAAUCCCUGCGUCUACAGGACUCUGAUGGUGGUUCACAGUCGGACGCCGCAGGAGAUGCUGAAGAUCUGGCCAUGGAUCAUCCACCCUGAGCUGGACUGUCUAUGAACGCAUCCCAUUCCACCCCUUUUGACAUUUUUACCAAUUUUUUCAGGAAUAUGCUCGAUGUUCAAACCUAUGUGUUUGAUUCCAGAUAAUUUAUUACUUUAUUUGUUUCAUUUGGUGCUCUUUUGACUUGUUUUAUGUGAAGGUUUAACCUGCAUUUCAGGUUGAAUAAUCAGAACUUUUUUGUAACUUGUUUUUCUACAUUUUUACUUCAAAUCUCGUUGUUUUUACCAUCCAAACAUUCCUGUUCAAAUCCAAAUGAUUGCUAGUUUCUCAAUUUCUGCUAAAUUUACCUCAGAUUACAUCCAAUGAUGCAAUUUUACUCCCCCCUGCUGGUUUUAAACAACUAUUUUUUUUUUUUUUAUUUUAAAUUUUUAUUUUUUUCCAAUUGUAACCCGUUUUUGGUAAGUUCCAGUCUUCAAUCAGCCUCUUCCCAGCUCUUUACUUGACUUGGAUCUUUUAUUACAUACGAUCCUACCUUAAACCCCUUCAAAGGAAAUUCUUUUCCAUCAUUUCUUAAAGUUAAUUAACCCUCUAAGACUGGAAAUGUCUCUAAACGGAACUCCUCGACUGUUUAUGCAAUCAAAUGGAAUCAGAUAAAUUUGACACUAAGAAAACCGCCUUUUCGUAAUGGCCUUGCACCAAAACAAAACACAUUAUUCACAUUAAGUGUUGCAUAAACAGAUGUCAGAAUCAGCUGAUUUACGUUAGUUAGGUAAGCAAUUCACUGAUGUAAAGUGUCGCAUAUCGGUGCAAAGCUUCUUUUCUCUGCUUCAAAAUCCUCUGGAGUUACGUUAAUUGUGUAAACGGUGGUAGAGUUACGGUAGUCGAUAGAAUGCUAACGCAGGAGCUAAAGCUUUGGUGUUAAAGGGUUAAUUAGGCUGACAAUCUGUGAGGUAACCUGAAGGAUUCUUAAUAGGAAGAAUGUUGUAGGGCGACCAUUAUGACUGGAGUUAACUCCGCCCACCUUAACAGCACUCUAAAAAAUGGAUGAUUGGGUAAGUAAAUGAAGAGUUUUCUUGAGUCAACCCAAUAGGUCUGCCCAUCUGUCAAUCAAAAAGACACACCCUUGAUACUGCAUAAAUUAUAUAACAUUAAAUUAAUAACAUUAAAACAGCUGAAAAACAAUUUUAAUGAAAAAAACUUUUUUUCAACAUGGGAGGGAACGAAGUAUUGUUGCCAUGUGAAACCAGCCCACAGUGGUUGUUUAAAGGAGGAUGAACUGUUUUUUCUGGGUUAGCUUCAAAGUUUGGAUCAAAAAUGUGGAGGGAACCUCAUGGCACUGGUAAGCCAAUUAGUGACUCUCCACUUCAGGUAUCUGUUGGCUCCUCAGCUAAAGAACAAAAAAAAAGAAUGAAUUUGGUGAUGUGACUGUUGAAAUGAUCCAAACCAGGCUGUGACAUGACCACAGCUCCUCUGUUCCUCAAACUGUUUUCAAUUCUGUUUUCUGACUGAUGUGGUCACAUGUUUAAAGAAGCGUGUAGAUGACAGACAUGUAUUCAUAGAACAGUGAGAUUUAAGCAUUUGUGUGUAUUUCAAAUGUCCAAUCUGUGAGCCGAUCAUUUCAAGGGAGAGGAGAAGCCCCAGCGGCUUUUAGAGACGCUGCUGUGGUGUGUGGCUGUGCAACAGCUUAUCUCUGACUUGCUCAAAAUCUGUUGUGUAUAUGCCAAACAAGUGUCGCUGUGCUGUCACUGAACCUCCUAAACAGAAUCUUUUUUUACAUGAACCACAUGGUCUCCAUUUCAGCUCAAACAAGUAUUUGAUACAAUUUUCAAUAAACUUUAUUGUUGAGGGAAACCGGAUACUUGAAGCCCGUUCAGUGUGGGGAGUUUAGCUGAUACUGUGUCCUGUUUGGGAUAAUAAAUGAUAAAGCAGUUGUGUUGGCACUGAAAGCCUGUGUGUUUUAAAUGAAACUAGGUCAGAUCGCUGCAGCGAUCGGAAUAAAAAUCUCCAGUAUGGUGAAUUAGCGUCCAGGUGGCUCGACACACCUGGACAGACUAAUGUGUCAGUGAUGGAGAAAAGUAUGCAGCGGAUUUACAGAGACAUUGAAUUUACCCUUUAGGUUUUGUGUCUUUUAGUUGAAAAAUCUUGUUUUUCUUAAUUGAAACCACAAAUUCUCCAGGGAUGAAGUCCAACUGCUUUGAGAGGACGAGUUUAGAAACAAAAUCCCCCCAAAAAACAAAAGGACUUUGCUGAAACGGAGAAACAAGUGGCUUUCUUCUGCAGUAAUGACAUUUAUGGGGGGGCAGAGUAAAGAUGUACAACAGAAAAAGAGGCCCAGUGUGUUACAACUCACAUGCAGGCUUUACUUAAAAAGAUGCAUGUCUCAGGGACGCCCAGGCCAACCCGAACCAAAAGCUUUAUCAAAAAUGAGAGUUUCAGGUCUGGCCUUGAAGAUAAAGCAUAUCUGCAUCUCAAACUGAAACCAGGAAGUUGCAGUCUAAAAGCAAAUGGCUAGAAAUACAUAAG